AUGCAAUGGCUACGGUCUCACCGCAAACGAUACACACAAAUUUCAACUCUCAAUUUCAAGGUUGAGAAGGAGCAAGGCCAACGUAAAAGGCCCCUCCAAGUCAAGGACAUUCAAGAAUCUUAUUUCGCCUACCUAUUUCUAUAUCAGCCGAGCAUGGAUCCGUUUAAUGCUUUGGGUGCUGCAGCCGCGAUUCUUCAGUUUGUGGAACUCUCGGCUAAAAUAAUAGGGACUGCUCAUGAAAUCUACAACUCGGAUGGCGGCGCCGCACAGGAGAAUAUUCGCAUCGAGGAUGUCACUAAGAGGGUUAAGCAGCUGAGCCAGCACGUCGAGAACAGUGUAAUGCAACAUGCUAGCAGAAACUCCUCACAGACGCCCAAUGUCAUCGUCGAGCUCGCGCAAAAGGCCCAGAGCCUUGCGGGCCAGCUUUUACGUUCCAUAGACUCUCUGAGCAUUGAUCGCUCUGCUCGGUUCCAGUCUUGGCAGGCAUUACGAAAAGCCCUGCGCGGCUAUUACCAGGCGGAUCACAUUAAGACAUUACAGAUACGUUUGGACGGCCUAAGGAGCGAGUUGAUGCUUCAUCUGAUUGUCAUGAUUAGCGAUGAUCAGUCUGGACUACUCAGGUCUAUUCGCAGUGUAAAAGAAACAUGUCAAGCAAUGCGGGUUGACUAUGUCGAACAAUUUUUAAAACUUCACGAGGAUCUUUCGAGUCAAAUUGAAACACAAGGCCUCAUGCUCAGGAGUUUGUUAAAGAGUAUAGAACGACCCACGUCACAGCUGACCUUUCCGAUUACGGAGAAGGAUAUCAUCGAUUCCUCCAUAACCGUACAGGACUUGUCCUCGCUUGUAUUGGAAGCUUCAAAGUUCACUCCGAAACUGAUGAGAAUCCUUGAGAGUCUAAGAUUUACGGAAAUGCCUUAUCGUCAUGAUAGUAUCCGAGAAACACAUCGCGAUACGUACUCUUGGAUAUUCGACGAAAAUGAAUCACCGUUAGCAAACUGGCUUAGUAGCCAAGAUGGCCUUUUCUGGGUGAAUGGCAAGGCAGGCUCAGGCAAAUCGACCCUGUUCAAGUACCUGGUCCAUAGCCCGCAGAGUAGACAGUUGCUCAACGAGUGGGCAAGUGGAAAGCAACUGUCAACAGCCAGCUUCUUCUUUUGGAACCAUGGAAAUCGGAUGCAGAAAUCGUGGAAAGGUCUCCUCCAAAGCUUGUUAUUCCAGAUCCUAAGCACGUGUCCGGACGUCGCCGCGAAAAUUUGCCCGACAAGAUGGAAUGAAGCCCGCGAUCUACAACUACCACCUCCAGCAUGGAGAUCUGAUGAGCUCGUUUCUACCAUAGAGCUUGCUUUUACCGAGAUAGCUGAUUCGUAUCGUUUUUGCUUCUUCAUCGACGGCCUUGACGAAUAUGAGGGAGAUGACCACUUCGAACUAAUCAGUCUGAUAGAGCGGUUGCAGGGAUCAGAAUCGGCGAAAUUCUGCGUCUCGAGUCGGCCGUGGAAUGUGUUCGUGGCAAAUUUCGCACUCGCAAACGUCCCGACAUUGGUGUUAGAAGAAAAAACUAGGGGCGAUAUGGCAAAAUAUAUUCACGGGACGCUAGAAGAGGAUCGCCGGUUCCUACGACUUAAGGCGCGGGAAGACCGCGCAGACGAACUGGCUGCUGAGAUUAGUGAGAAGGCCAACGGCGUGUUUCUCUGGGUCUUCUUGGUUGUUCGAGAAUUACUACGGGGCCUCAAUGAGGAGGACGACUUUUCAACGCUACAAAAACGAUUGAGAAGUCUCCCGGAUGACCUCGAGCAGUACUUCCAGCACAUGCUCAAUCAGCUGGAUAGAACAUAUCAGGAGAAAUCUGCUAGAGCACUGCUGGUCGCGGCUGCUGCUUGGAGCUCGCCGCCUAUCGAUGUUCUAUACGGUAUACAAUACGGUAUAUCCCGGAGUGAAUUUUGUCGCAUGGCAGAAGUGCAAGCAAUAGAUAAUCCACAGCGCGAGAAACUUCGUAACACGGCACAAUUCCACCUCAAUAGUUGGUGUCGCGACCUGCUGGGCAUCUCCAGAGGAACCGAUUACGACCGCGUAGAAUUUCUCCAUCGUACCGUGAGGGACUUCUUAUGCACGGAGGAUAUUUGGCGAUCGCUAGAGAGGAGGGCGGGGGUUGAUUUCAACCCACCCUUGGUGCUAUGCCGUGCAUCUCUCGCGCUGAUGACCUAUCAUGUCCAUGUCACCUUAGACCGAAACACCUCAUUAAAAUCUACCUACGAUUUCAAGAACGUUGUACUCCAUACGAUGUACUACGCGGUAGAGUGUGAGAGACACGACGAGAACAGCCCAGUCAACGAGCUUGACGAACUCAACCGGCUUGGCAACCUACUGCACUCCUCGUCAUGGGUGCAAAAGGUCUGGUACGGGACAGAUCCGGAGGUAGACGAUUUCCUUACUGCUGCAGUGGCUUGUGGUUUGCAGUUGUACGUGCAGGAGAUCUUACAACGUCAGCCGGAGAAGCUAUUUAGGAAACGAUCAAAGUGCCCGCUUAUUGACUUUGCAUAUAUUGAGAACGCGCUACAAGAAUUUCCUAGCCUUCCUGACAAAUCCUCUGCUAUGGUGAGAUUACUCAAACUCCAAGCUAUACAAUAUGAUGAUAAAGCCGAAAGGGAACGUAAAAGGCAUAGCCUACAGCAUUUCCUGAGACCUGGAAAGAGGAUGACCGCGAAAUCAGAACUACAACGCGGCAGUUAUGAAAUCAUCUUCUAA